AUGAACAUGUUAGACGUAGAAGACGACAGCUUUGACGUCACACGUGACGGCUACUCCCAUCUGAGUGACUCAGAAUGGGACACAGUCGGCCGCAUGAGUGUGCUCAUGGGCGGAUCCUACAUCAGUGGCACGUUGGAGACUCUAAGCAGAGAUCAGCAACAUGCUGCUAUCAACAAGUUCCUACAAGAGGAACUUGCUGUCGAAAGACAGAAGAUAGCCUUGCUUCACCAGCAAGGCUCCCAUCAGUCGAUGGGCGGGCCAACGCACACGCGUGGACCCGAAACCUUGGAGAUUGAUAUCUCAAGUUGA